AACGACAAUUAUGAGUCGACAGGCUGACAGGCUUUUUUGGUUUAUAGUGGGCAAUGCAAUUGGACAAAGCUUGCUCACAAAACAAACGUGCAUGCAUCAAGAAAGGGGCAUUCCAACUCCAGGCCUGGAAAUGUUCUUCGACGGAAUAUACGAAUAGCGGGGAGAAAACUCCAGGCCGGGCUUAGAAGUUAAGAAUGAAUGCAGUAACUCCGGGAACUCUAACUCUCACGGCAGAUUCCAGAUGGAGGAGGAAGGAGAUGAUAGACACAUACGAAGCUCUUCUCAAGCAGUAUGGAAACUCCAAGUCACUCACGGAUGGCAGACAGGUUCACUCGCAGAUGAUCUCUAAUGGUCUCGACGGGGAUACGUACCUGGGAAAUCUCUUGGUGCAAAUGUAUGGAAGGUGUGGAAGCCUGGACGACGCUCGAGCUGCUUUUCAAGGGAUCCACCAGCGGAACGUGUUCUCCUGGACGAUACUCAUCUCGCUUCUUGUCCAGAAUGGUGAGGCGAGCGAAGGCCUGGAGCUUCUGAAGUCCAUGGAUCUUGAAGGCACUGAGGCCAACAAGAUCACCUUCAUCAGCCUUCUCGGUGCCUGCUCCGUGACUGGGGACUUGAGUCUGGGGAAAACAAUUCACGAGAGAAUUAGAACUAAAGGACUAGAGAGUGACAUAAUAACAAGCAAUGCACUUCUAAACAUGUAUACGACUUGUGAGAGUCUGGACGAAGCAAGGCUGGUUUUCGAGAGAAUGGUUUUCAGAGAUGUUGUGUCAUGGACAAUAAUUAUCUCUGCGUAUGCCCACGCAGGGUAUCCUCUAGAAGCUCUUCAGUUAUACAGAAGAAUGGAACAAGAGUUUUCCAGGCCCGAUGCAGUGACGCUCAUUAGCGUCCUGGAGGCUUGUGCGAGCCUGAGAGCACUGGUAGAAGGAAAGGCAAUUCACGAGAGGAUAGUUGCAAGUGGAGUAGAGACGGAUGUGUUUGUGGGAACUGCAGUGGUGAGCUUUUAUGGAAAAUGCGAGGCUGUAGAAGACGCAAGGCAGGUGUUUGAUCGGAUACUGGACAAAGACAUUGUUUGCUGGAAUGCAAUGAUCGGAGCGUAUGCACAGAACCAUUGCGAGGAGAAAGCGUUUGCAUUGUACCUGGAGAUGGUGGAGAAUCAAAUGCCGCCGAACGAUGUCACGCUCAUCACUCUCCUGGACUCUUGUUCGAGCACCUGCAAAAUGGAAAGGGGAUCGUCACUCCACAGAGAAGCUGCUGCUAGAGGAUACCUGUCCCACACGUCCGUCGUCAACGCGCUCAUCAACAUGUAUGCCAAGUGUGGAAGCCUCGAAAACGCGACGAGAGUGUUUAUCGAGGCAACAAACCGCACUACCAACGUGAUCACCUGGAACACCAUGAUAGUAGCCAACGCACAGGAGGAUCUCAAUCUCGAGGCCCUGCAAAUAUACCACAGAAUGAAUCAAGAAGGGAUAAAAGCAAGCGACGUUACUUACGGUACUGUUCUUGCUGUCUGUGCCAAUCUUGGUGACUUUACCACGGGCCGAGAAGUCCACUCUCGCAGUCUUGCCACUGGAUGCUGCUCGGAUGUCGUAAAAAACUCUCUUAUAUGUCUGUAUGGAGGCUGUGGAAACUUGGAGGCCGCUCAAACUGCUUUCGAGAGUGUCGCAAGCAAAAACGUUGUUUCCUGGUCUUCAAUUGUUGCGGCUUAUGCACGGAACGGCGAAGAAGACAGAGCUCGCAACCUGUUCUGGACGAUGAAUCAGGACGGAGUGCUGCCGAAUAUUGUUACGUUCACUUCUGUUCUUCAUGCCUGCUCUCAUGCCGGACUGGCCGACGAAGGAUGGAGCUACUUUCUCUCCAUGCAGGGAGACCACCAUCUAGAGCCAACUCCCGAGCACUACGGAUGCAUGGUCAACUUGCUCGCCAAGUCCGGCCGGGUGAAGCAAGCUGCAAGCUUCAUGUCUGCCAUGCCGGUUCAACCUGAUGCUUCAGCCUGGAGGAGCCUACUUGGUGCUUGUGAGGUCCACACUGACAAGGAAUAUGGUGCUCUAGCAGCAAAGCAGCUGUUGGAUGCAGAACCCCGAAAUUCUGCGGCCUAUGUACUGCUAUACAACAUUUCGAAACUGAAUUAGCACCGGAAAGUAUGUUACAUAC